AUGACAGCAAUUGGGAACCAUGAGAGGGAUUAUGUAAGUUCUGGUUCGGUUUAUCAAACACCCGACUCUGGUGGUGAAUGUGGAGUACCUUAUGAAACAUACUUUCCAAUGCCCACUUCUGCAAAGGAUAAGCCUUGGUACUCAAUUGAACAAGCAAGUGUUCAUUUUACAGUAAUAUCCACUGAACAUGACUGGUCCAUAAAUUCUCAACAGUAUGAAUGGAUGAAAAAGGAUAUGGCAUCCGUUAAUAGACAACAUACUCCUUGGUUAGUCUUCAUGGGACAUAGACCAAUGUACACUUCCAACCAAGGAUUUUCGUCUAAAGAUCAAAAUUUUAUUAAAGCUGUGGAGCCAUUGCUAUUUGAGAAUACGGUUGACUUGGCACUUUUUGGCCAUGUGCAUAACUAUGAAAGAACUUGUUCUGUCUAUCAGAAUAAGUGCAAAGCCAUGCCUAUAAAAGAUCAAAAGGGAGUAGACACUUAUGAUAACAAAAAUUAUAGUGCACCCGUACAUGCUGUCAUUGGCAUGGCUGGCUUCACCUUGGACAAAUCCUCAAACAAUGGAGAGAGCUGGAGUCUUAAAAGAAUUUCUGAGUUUGGUUAUUUACGAGCACAUGCUACUAAAAAUGAUUUAAACUUGGAGUUUGUGACAUCAGAUACAAGAGAAGUUAAGGAUAGUUUCCGCAUUACAAAGUAA